GUUUACCGGGCUCAAACUUAUCUGAUGCUGUGUGUCAUCGACAGCACACUCUUGGCUAUUUCCAGUUUGCUUCUGUAACAAUAGAAAGUGCACUCACUCUGGGAAUAGUCAAAAUUCAAAAUGCUGAAGAGAAAACCAUCCAAUGCUUCAGAGAAAGAGAAACAUCAAAAACCAAAGCGCAGCAGCAGCUUUGGGAAUUUUGAUCGUUUUCGGAAUAAUUUCACAUCAAAACCAGAUGAUUCUACUGAGGUGUAUGAUGGUGAACCAAUACGUGAAAAUGGAGAACAAAAUAAAACCUCAAAUAAUGAAGGAGGUUUGGGUAAAAAAAUGAGAGGUAUUUCCUGGACCAUGAAGAAAAAAAUGGGGAAAAAAUACAUAAAAGCCCUUUCUGAGGACAAGGAUGAGGAAGAUGGAGAGGAUGUCUUCUCUUACCGGAACAGUGACCCCAUGAUUGGGACCCACACUGAGAAGGUCUCCCUCAAAGCCAGUGACUCCAUGGAUAGUCUUUACAGUGGGCAGAGUUCAUCAAGUGGAAUAACAAGUUGUUCAGAUGGUACAAGUAACCGGGACAGCUUUCGGCUUGAUGAUGAAGGUCCCUACACAGGACCAUUCUGUGGCCGUGCUAGAGUGCAUACAGAUUUCACACCAAGCCCCUAUGAUAGCGACUCCCUCAAAAUCAAGAAAGGAGACAUUAUAGACAUUAUCUGCAAAGCACCAAUGGGAAUGUGGACAGGAAUGUUGAACAACAAGGUGGGAAAUUUCAAAUUUGUUUAUGUGGAUGUCAUCUCAGAAGAGGAAGUUGUCCCCAAGAAAAUAAAGUCACAUCGAAGUGGUAAGAGGGAAAAAUCAAACACUCUGCAGGAGUUCUUAGAAAGGAUUCACCUUCAGGAAUAUAUCUCAACACUCUUGCUCAAUGGUUAUGAGACCAUAGAAGAUUUAAAGGAUAUAAAAGAGAGUCAUCUCAUUGAAUUAAAAAUUGAAAACCCAGAAGACAGGAUGAGGUUACUAUCAGCUGCUGAAAAUCUCCUUGAUGAAGAAACUAUUCAAGAGCAAGAAAAUGAACCUGUGUCCCUAUCCUCAAGCCCAAACAUCUCCUUAAAUAAGUCACAGUUAGAUGACUGCCCAAGGGACUCUGGUUGUUAUACCUCAUCAGAAAAUUCAGAUAAUGGCAAAGAAGACGUGGAGUCUAAAAAUCUGCCUAACAUGAUACAAAAGAUGACUAUCACAGAGCCUAGCGACUGAACGCCCAUUCUCCACUAUAGAUUCUCCACUAUAGAUCUACAGAUGGUUUUUAACUUUUUGAGCUGAAAGAUCAAUUAAGACAGGAAUAUUUAUAAAUACAACCCAAAGUUAACAUGCUUUAGUCUGAAUGAUUGUACAUGAAAGUUUAUAUUGCUUACGUUUCCAGUCAUUGUAAAUAACAUGUAUAUUAUUUUGAAUGUUCAGUGUAAAUAUCUCACUUGCCUGUAUUAGAAAAGAUAUAGUGUAAGUGUUCUGGUAGGAGUGAAAUGCUUUAUUUACAUUAUUUUACAAGUGCAAAACAAUAAAAUCUGCAAAAAAACCUUA